CUCAGCAACAUUUGAUUUUAACAUCGAUUUAAGAUUUUUAAGUUUGCCCUGGAAAAAAAUUUUAUAUUUUAGUAGACACUUGGCUAAGGAAAAACUGUUCCCCAAGACCACGAAGGUCUAGAAGAGGAAUCGCGGGAAGUGACGAUCUAGAACCAUGUCGCGAUUUUUAGUGACGGCCAAAGAGCGGCUCCAACGGGGAUUGCGCUUUGGCCAGAUGUUGAUACACUACACUGGUCCUCAGCAAAUGGCAGCCAAGAAGCCUCCAGCGCCACCCAAGGUGGUCAAGGCCACUCCGCCGCCGCCCAAGUCCUCCAAGCCGCCCAAGUGUCCUGGAGACAGCAAGGAUAUGAAGCGGAAGCCGGGCUUCUUCGCCAGUGGCGGUCAGCACGCGACGCUCAACGAUUGCCCCAAGCCGGAGGGCGACUUUAUGAAGGCCUGGACCGCCAAGAACAGCCGCUAUAAUCUCAUCCUUAUAUCCGGAGUUCUGGCGGCAGGGGGUUCCGUGGGCUUCGCACUUUCUUCAGGUAUCCUUUGUCUAAAUUGGAACAUUCCCGAGUAUCCCUACACGGAUGAUGAGAUGGAGGACUUCGAGAUCGAGGAGGAGCGUCGGCGGGAGGAGAAGGAGGCGCGCGAGGAGCGCCACCAGGAUGCGGUCGAGGCCAGGGAGCUGGGCAUCCGUCGCCGGCGGGCCAAGGAGGCCAUGGAGCGGGAGGUGGACCUGAUGCAGCGGGACAUGGACGGAGGCAUCUCCGAUGCCGAGCUGGAUGAGCUGCAGCGCCUGGCCGCCGAGCGCGAGGCCUUCGAGCUGUGGGAGAAGGACGAGCUAAAGCGGCUGGACGAGCAGCAGAAGGAGCGUGAGAAGGUCCGCAAGGAGAAGGCCAAGGUCAGGGCCGAGCGGGACAAGGAGCGCGACAAGAAGCGCAAGGAGAAGGAGGCGCAGCUGGAGAAGGAGGAGGCGGAGCGCGAGAAGGCCCGCGAAAAGGCGCGCGAGAAGGCCGAGAAGGAGAAGCAAAAGGAGAAGGAGAAGGCCGAAAAGGAGGCCGAGAAGGCCAGGAAGGCGGCUGGAUACUAAGUCCUGCUGCCCCAGUUCUCUUUACUUUGCUGGCAGCAACACGACCACAACAUCUAUCAAAAUGUUCCAGUCCGGCAAAUACAAAGAACACCCAAAUAGUAUAGCCCCAAAACACUGGAAACACUGUUUAAUAAAUUAACAAAAUUGGUUGCUGUUGGCCUAAGAUAA